AUCGGGCGCUGCCUUCAGUUCGUUUCUGACCAACAACGACUUCAACCUCUGACAUCCUCACUUUCCCCAUACGCGCCGUUUUGCCUGCCAUGUCUGUGUCGCCUGCAGUUCUCCGCCGCUUGAUGCGUGAGCUCAGUGAGCUCCAGACGAGCCCCCCGGAAGGGAUACGCGUUGUUACCAGCGAAGACAAUAUGCUGGACGUUACAGGCAUUGUAGAGGGCCCAGAGGGCACACCAUACGCUGGCGGAUACUUCAGAGUAAAGUUUGCGUUCACGGAAGAGUUCCCUGCUGCACCACCAAAGUGCCGCAUGAUAACCAAGAUCUUCCACCCCAAUGUCUCAGCCGCGGGCGAGAUCUGCGUUAACACCCUCAAGAAGGAUUGGAAAUCCACAUACGGCAUUGCACACAUCCUGGUGACCGUCAAGUGCCUGCUCAUUCACCCCAACCCCGAAUCCGCGCUGGACGAGGAAGCUGGCAAGCUGCUGCUGGAGAAUUACGACAGCUACUGUGACCGGGCCCGGCUAAUCACAAGCGUGCACGCGACGCCGCGGGUGCGCCCCACAGAGUUCGACAAGCCCGUGGGGUCCACCCCUUCCUCUUCAGCUGCCCCCGCUCCAUCGACCAGCAAGUCUGCGUCUUCGAAGUCAAUAUCGUCAAGUGCUUCCGCGAGUGCCACGACGGAGAAUUCUGCUCCGGUUACCUAUCCCCUUCAUGCAUCCACCCCCAAUACGUGCACGCUGUCGACGUCAGACUCGUCGCUGGCAGGCGAGAAGCCGACGGGCAAGGAACGCUUGACCUCCCCUGCCCCGCUUGGUACCGCAGACUCGAACGUAGCUGGCUCUACUGCUGCCGUACCCGCGGCUGCAGCUGCAAAGACGAAAGCGGUCAAGAGGGCUGCGACGGGUGGAGGGGCUGGAUCGGAGAAGCGGAAGAAGGCUCUCAAACGGCUAUAGUGUACGAGGGGCGGCGUGCUGAUGUUGUGCUUGUUCUAGUCGUUGGAUCAUUGUGUUUCUCGUGUCUGCUGUGGAUAUCACUACUUUUCUUUCGCAUGUGCAUGUUCUGUAUUUCAUUCCCGUUGCAUUUUCUCUGCAAGUCCUGCUGUCGUCAAUUGAGCGUCAUGCCUAUUACUAGUCUAGUACUAGUGUCGCGCACC